AUGCCAUUUUUGGGCCAAGACUGGAGAUCCCCUGGAUGGAGAUGGGUUAAAACAGAAGAUGGAUGGAAACGAUGUGAACCCUUCAGUCCUGCACUUGAGGAUGGGAAUAAUCAGCUGAAUGAUAUUGGUCACACUGUCAUCUUAACUGGUGAUGAUGAAGAUGAAGAACUAUACAACACUGAAGAUUGUGAGUUUGCGGCCAAGAAAAGGAAAAAAGAUCAUUUUAGGAAUAACACAGAUUCGCAAUGUUUUUAUCGUGAAAAGUGGAUUUACGUUCAUAAAGAAAGCACCAGGGAAAGACACGGCUAUUGCACUUUGGGAGAAGCUUUUAACCGCUUAGACUUUUCAAGUGCAAUUCAGGACAUCAGAAGGUUCAAUUAUGUGGUCAAACUUUUGCAGUUAAUUGCAAAAUCCCAGUUAACUUCACUGAGUGGUGCAGCACAGAAGAACUACUUUAACAUUUUGGACAAAAUUGUGCGGAAGGUCAUGGAAGACCAAUAUAAUCCACGAUUAAUCAAAGAUCUUCUACAGGAUUUGAGUUCUACUCUCUGUAUACUGAUUAGGGGAGUAGGAAAAUCUGUGUUGGUAGGGAACAUCAAUAUUUGGAUUUGCCGGUUAGAAACUAUCCUUCUGUGGCAACAACAACUAAAAAACCUUCAGAUGAACAAGCAAGUCAACAAUGGUCUUACGCUUAGCGAUCUCCCUCUCCAUAUGCUGAACAACAUCUUAUACAGGUUCUCUGAUGGCUGGGACAUUAUUACUCUGGGUCAAGUGACCCCAACUUUGUACAUGCUCAGUGAAGACAGGCAGUUGUGGAAAAAACUCUGCCAGUACCAUUUUGCAGAGAAGCAGUUUUGUAGGCAUUUGAUUCCAUCAGAGAAAGGUCACAUUGACUGGAAGCUGAUGUACUUUGCACUUCAGAAAUAUUACCCAAUAAAGGAACAGUACGGGGACACCUUGCAUUUCUGUCGACACUGUAGUAUUCUGUUUUGGAAGGAUACAGGACACCCCUGCACAGCCCGUGAUCCAAACACCUGUCUCAUGCCAGUAUCUCCUCAGCAUUUCAUUGAUCUCUUCAAAUUUUGAGAUGUUCGGUACCUGUUCUCCUGUGUUUUGUGGCCAUUUCUGUGACGAGUCAGGCAGGAUAUGUUAUGCUUUUUGUGCAAUAUA